AUGUUCACCUCGGUCGAAAACAUAACCACCAUGUUCGACUUCGGAGUCCCAGAAUCAAUCCAAAACGGUCUAUACAUCGCCAUUUGGCGGGCAAUCUCAUCAUUUCCAAAUUUUAAGAAUAUAAAGAUCAUUAGGUUUUCUUCAACUAGAUUGCAAGGGCUCCGAGAUCCUCUAGGGGACGACCCUCAUAGAACCUUUUCGCUCAAACUUUCUCCGGAAGCCAAAGAAUUCCUCGGACCUGUGACGAUUUCGGAUGAAGAACUCGAAAAUGAGAUUUCCAUAUCAAAACAACAUUUCGAAACAGUCAAAAUUGAGGCAUACGGUUUUAAACUUCAACGUCAGCCCGGUUUCUCCUCUAGACCCUUUUUCUUCGGAAAUUCCACCGAAACCCUAAAGUCUAUAAACCUAUGCGUUAGUGGAGUUCUCUCCAUCGUCGGCCCAGAUCAUAGCCCUAUAACCAUAAGAUUUCCAAACGUCACAAAAAUAAAAUUACACGGUAAAUUCAACUAUUACAGAGGUGACUAUACCUCUAGAAUGGCGGCCAACUGGUUCGCUCAAGCUUGCCCAAAUGUGGAAUCAUGCAAGUUCUGGAUAUUAUCGGCCUACAGUCGCGGGUUGUUGACAAGAGAGUAUGAGGAAUUCACACCGAUGCAUAAACUGAAGGUGUUGGAGAUACCGUGGCCAAGGCAUCCAAUCGAAGAAAUGGCGUCUACGAUCAAAAGAUUUAAUCAGAAAGAACUCAACAAAUUCAUUCGGGAUCUAAUGAACGCUGGAUUGGAAAGCUUGGAGAACAUCACGUUUAUCAGGAUGCCUAUUUGGGCUGCGCUUUGGGACGAGCUUAUCUUCAGAGAAUGCAGAAUUGAUAGAAGCGACAAGGAAAGGGAGCCAAGAAUAUGGUGGAAAAGCUCUUAUCGUUAUCACGAUAUAAACAUACGGAACUUGACUCCCGAUCAGACCGAGUUUGACGAAGAAGAUGCAAACGAUAGUGGUGAUGAUUUGGAUGACUUCCCACCAGAAAACGCCGAACUAAGCCGCUUUUGGGUGCAUCAAACUGGUCAUCACAGAGCUCUACUUCAUCGAUAA